GCACAUCACAGCAACAACCAUAAAACAGGAAGUGACACCUCUGCAGCUCCCGAUCGUUCGGUCUGAACAUUCUGCAGCCGGACAUCAUGGAGGCCGGAGCUCUGAGCAGGAACCUGGUGUUGAAUGUGAUGAUCCUGCUGUGUGAAGCCCACACACCGGAUGCAGCUUCUCUUCGUAUUGAGCCAAACAGAGCACAGCUCUUUGAAUAUGAGCCUCUGACGUUUUACUGUGACGGAGUCAUUUAUUGUGAAGUCGUACACAAGUUAAGAGGAACAAUUCCUUCAUGUAAAACAACAAAUAAAGUAAUACCCACAGGCUCCUCUUGCACCAUUACAAAUGUUUAUGCAGACGACAGUGGAGAAUACUGGUGUAACGAUGGAGGAGGAGGAAGAAGCAACAGCGUCAUCAUCACUGUCACUGAUGGUUCUGUGAUGCUGGAGGUUCCUGCUCUUCCUGUGAUGGAGGGAGAUGCUGUGACUCUGAGAUGCAGAAACAGGACGGCUUCAUCGCCUUUAGCUCAUUUCUAUAAAGACGGAGUCUUCAUCAGCAGCAGCUCCACAGGAAAUGUCACCAUCCACAGGGUCAGCAGCCUGCAUGAAGGACUCUACGGGUGCAGCAUCUCUGGAGCAGCAGCAUCAGCACAGAGCCGGCUGGUGGUCGUGUCACGGCAGCGAGGUCUUCCUUCAGGCGACGCUCUCUCCACCGGAGACGUCCAUGAGUUCAACACUUCAUCCUUCACCUCGUGGCUCGUGGUCACGGUUUUACUCGCGGUUCUGCUGGUGGUGAUGGGAUUUAUUAAGCUCGUCAAAGCAAACAGGCGCAGAGUAGAUCGACACCCGUCUGCACCAACACCUGGAUCAGGCAGGACACACACAGGUGAGAACCUACAGCCACUGGACCCAGGACAUUCUGCUCAGUUACAGACCACAGCCUUCUCUGCCUCUGUCUCCUCAGAGGAUGGAGCGUCCUAUUACCUGGUGCACCUGUGUGAGUCCCCGCUGGAAGCCGCGUCGUCGGCCGCCUCCACUGGGUCCCAGUCCGCUUCCCCAGAGGACGCCUUCUACUCUGUCAUAGGUACAACCUGAACCCUGAGGCGCUGGUCCAACAUUUAGGGACCGGGUUGUGUUCCUAUGAUGCACAUGUCAAAAUAAAUGAAGAUGAAUUAGUUUUGUUCCUUAUCAUUUACAGAUUUCUGAGAGGAAGGGGAGGUUGUUUCAUUUUAAGCUCUGUCAGUUGUUGGUCUGGUCUUGUGUCAUUGUUGGUGCAGCUGCUGGUGACGCUUUCUACCAAGAAACAAGAAGUUCAUUUGGCCUUGAUGAAAGCUCACUCAGAUCCACUGAUCACCUCAUACCACUAUUUACUGCUUCCGUUCUCCUCCUGUACUUCUAUACUCCAUAGCUUACAGUAGUGGAGGACCAAAGUAAAAUGUCUGUAGUUCCUGAUGUCUGGUUUGUGGUGGAACUUUACUUGUUCCCAAACUGUGCAGUGAUUUCUGCUCUGCAAAAUUAAAAGACUAUACUCAAAUUUAAAUGUAUUCAUUUAUUACCUGUAAUAUUGAUCUAAUCUAUAUGUCCUGCAUCCAGGUCAGGAGUUGCUUCCACGUCCUUUAGCUAAAAUAACACAGAGAUUAAUGUAAUAAAGCUUUGUC